AUGAAAAUAAGUUGCAACGGGUGCCGCAUACUCCGCAAAGGUUGCAAUGAUGAUUGCGUAAUAAGGCCAUGCCUGCAGUGGAUAAACUCGCCGGAGUCCCAAGCCAAUGCCACACUCUUCCUUGCCAAAUUCUACGGUCGCACUGGCUUGCUCAACCUCAUCACUGCUGCUCCAAAAAACCUUGCCCCGGCUGUGUUUAGGUCUCUCUUGUAUGAGGCUUGUGGGAGAAUAGUGAAUCCCGCAUAUGGCUCCAUGGGCCUCUUCUGGACGGGACAAUGGGCCCGAUGCGAGGCUGCUGUCCGUGCUGUCUUGAUGGGGUCCAAGCCCAAUGAUGACGUGGCACCUUUUCAUUCCCCAAGCUGGGGGUCUUGUGACAUACGCCACGUGCCAAGACUCAAUACCGGUCUGGUCGACGUCAGAGACAGAACCGGGAAAAUCUUCAAGCCCCAACCGCGAGUGGCUUUGCUGGACUCGGAUGUGCUGAGCCAGAUUCAGCCCAACCGAGCCACCAAGGAAACCGAGAUCAACCUGGAACUCUCUCUUGGCUUCCAUUGA